AUGUUGAUUAUCCAGGUUGGAGUUGCGGCAUCAAUGUCACCUGCCGAGUGGGAACACGAUAUCAUCGAGGCCCAGAAAGCUCAUAUAGAUGGAUUCGCCCUAAACAUCGCUCCUCAAGACGAUUACACAGACCGUGUCCUGCAGACGGCCUAUGAUGCUGCGGAGAGGAUAGGCAAUUUCUCGCUCUUUCUCUCAUUCGACUACGAAUCCGGGGGCCCAUGGCCGCAAGAUCGAGUGAUCGCCAUAAUCAACACGUAUAAGAGCAGACCCGCACAAUAUCUCUACAAAGGAAAGGCGUUGGUGUCUACCUUUGAAGGUGCUGAAAGCUCCGGUGACUGGCCGAUGAUAAGACACGCCACGGACUGCGUGUUUGUUCCCUCGUGGACCAGUCUUUCCCCUUCGGGUUUACACAAUGUCCACCAUACAAUUGAUGGCGCAUUUAGUUGGGAUGCUUGGCCGGUCGGAGCACAAGAGAAGGACAUAUUGAGCGACAGGGCGUGGAUCAGUGCACUUUCUGGCAAGCCGUACAUGAUGGCUGUUUCCCCGUGGUUCUACACCAACCUCCCUCAGUGGAAUAAGAACUGGCUUUGGCGUGGCGAUGACUUGUGGCAUUAUCGCUGGCGCCAAGUGAUUGACUUGCAACCAGCCAUGAUUCAGAUCCUCACCUGGAACGAUUACGGGGAAGCGCAUUAUAUCGGACCUAUUUAUGAUUCAGGCAUCCCGGAUGGAGCAUCAUGGUAUGUGAAAGGAUGUCCUCAUGAUGCUUGGCGUGAAUUUCUACCUCAUUACAUCGACGCCUAUCGUCGUCGAGGCGCGAUGAUUCGAGAAGGCGCGUUGAAUCCCAGCGCAGUGACCUCGUACGCACCUAGACGCCCUCUUUCCUACACAGACAAGAUAGUGUAUUGGUAUCGGCUCAACCCGAGUAACUCCGGAAGCACCAAUGGUACAACGGGGAACAACCUGAACAUGGGACAGCCCGGAUUGGAACCGGGAGAAGUGUCGCAGGAUCGAGUCUUUGUUAGUGUGCUGGUCACAGAGCCGAGCCAGGUGCAUGUUCAGAUCGGACAUGCAGCACCUAUUGUCCUGUUUGCUCAUGAACCCGGACUAAAUCACUACUCCGUACCUUUCGAUGGGCAUUCGGGCCCAGUGAGGAUUGCGAUUGUCAGACAUGGUAGGGAAAUUGAGAUCGCAGUUGGACCUGCCAUAACGGAAAACUGCAUCGAGGGUAAGGUGAAUUGGAACGCAUACGUUGGAUCAAGUUAG